AAUUACAAAAAAAAUAUAUAUAACAAGUUUAUUAACCUAAAAUAAUUAUAAACGCUCUUUUUAAUUAAUGAAUUAUAAAUAAACAAGUUGAAGAAAUUUGUAUUAUAAUAAUAAUUAAAAAAUGGCACAAGUUUUUGGGCCCAUGGAUACUGAUUCUUAUAAUGAACCAGAUGAAGUAAAUACAGACUUGGAUACUUUGAUAGAAAAACGUAAUUUAUUAGUAAAUUCAAAUUUGCAACCUAGAUAUGAAAAUAAAGCGGCGGGUACAUUUAUGACCGGAAUCGAUAUAUUUAGUAAAGAGGAGCAACAAAAGCUUGGAGAACGUGCUAAACGUUUUGGUAUAAAAGAAAAUCCAAAACAAAUAGAUGUUGAGAAUGAAGGAGAAUUGUAUGAGAGUAUGGGAGUCAGUGAGAGUGAAAGUGCCAAGUACACGAGAUUUAAUGCUUUGCAUAUGAGAGGAACUGAUGAAAUGAGCACGCAAGAUGUAUUUGAUUAUUUCAAAGACUACGCGCCGGCUUCAAUUGAGUGGAUUAAUGAUGUGUCUUGCAAUGUUAUCUGGUUGGAUAAAGUAUCCGCUGCCAGAGCUCUGAUAGGUUUGUCUAAGAAAAUUGUUGGAUCUAAAGAAACGCACAAGGAUGAGCAAGAUGAUGCGAUGGAAGGACUGGCUGAUAAAACUACUAAUUCUAUUGAUAUCAAAGCCAUUGAUUUUCCUCUGCCACCAGGAGUCUGGCGCAAAGGUGUCGAUUGUCCAAAGUCCAAGACUAUUUUGUUGAGAUUCGCUACUUCUUCGGAUAAAAAGCAAGCCAAUGCUGAAAAACUCAGUGAAUAUUAUAAGAAACAUGGGAAUCCUAAUUAUGGAGGCAUAAAAGGAAUUUUGACGCAGUCCCGUAAGCGGAAGUACAAAGAUGAUAAAACCAGCAAGCGGCAGGAUGAUGAAUUGGGGAGCAAAGAGGGAUUUAAAAAUCCCUGGGGUACUUUGUCUGAAGAAUGGGGAGUCCAGGACCCUGUGGAAGUUUAUCAGGUUCGUUCAGUUGGUGUUGCUCCAGAACGAACGGGAAUAAAAGAGCGCCUGGGAUUUAAACCCAAGGAAGUACCGAAAGCGAAGACUGAGGAAAAAUCGACGAGUGAGAGCGAGAGUGACAGCGAUGAUGGUUGGAAUAAAAGAAAUAAAGUCCUGAGAAUGAGGAUGCAUGCUGAUGAUGAGGAGGAAAAGGUCCAGAAGAAGAGGUUGAAGCAGAUGGCUCAGAAAAUGCAAGAGAAAAUAUCUGGGACUGAUUUGAGAUCGCGGUUAGGACGCAGUAAACCUACAGUUUAUCACGAACCCAUUCGAGUUACUGUCACUAAUCCUGAGUACGGUAAAAAUUUACGUUUAGAGGAAUCAGAAGAAGAGGAGGAAGUUGAGGAAGUCGAGGGGGAGGAGGUAGAAGAAGUCGAAGAGGUUGAUGAAGAUGAGGCUGAAGUUAGUCAAGUUGAAGACAAAGAGGAAGGAGAGUGGGAAGAUGAAGAAACGGCACAAGAACCUGAAGAAUCUGACAGUGAUAGCAGCUCCGAUCUUUCGGAAAAAGAAGUUCAAGGUCCCAAAGGAAGUGUUAUCAAAGUUAUCGCUCGUCCAAAGCCUACUGUUGCUUCUACUGUUUGGGCGAGACUUAAUCAAAACGAGAAACGUACCGAGAGGCCGGAAGUGAAAAAUGUCAAAGGCGACUUGAGAUCUAGACUCGGUUAUCACAACAGAGGACGAUCUCCUCUGAGAAUAGAAGUUAAAAAUGACAAGUACGGGCAGGACAGCGACUCUGAAUGAUGACAACGAUAUCACUGACAUAUAUAUAGAUAACUUUAACUAUUAGUCUUAAGUUAAAUGAACAGGCAAAUAAUUUUUCUACAAUAAAGUUGCCUAAUUCUUUUUUGAUUCGAUUUAUUUUAAAUUAUAAUUAUAUUAAUAAUACUAAUAAUAAAAUAACAAUAAAUUGAUAUUGAGGAGAUUGGGAAACAAUGAAACUUUAAUUAUCGGCCAAUAAAGCCUUUUUUUUUAUUAGGACAAUAAUACUUUUAAGUCAUUAUCUUUUAUCUUCAAUACAUUAAUAAUUAUUUUUUUUUUUAAAUACAUACACAUUUACAUUUAUUAACGAACACUUGACAAAAAAGAUAAUUUAUUUAUUUAUAUUUAUAUUUAUUAGUAAUUUGUUUUUUAAAACUUGGGCAUCUGAAAUUUGUGCCUUUUAACGUGUACGAUUUUUUGAAUUUAAUUAAAUAUUUUUAGCUACAUUCAUAGAUUGUUACAAAUAUUUUAAUUCAAACGUAGCAUAUAAAUUUUAUAAUUAGUAUUAAACGAAAUUCUACUGAUAAUAAUCAUAAUUACACGGAAAAAUUACAGUUUUUAAUAUCAGCAAAGUCCCUCUCUCUCUCUCCAUUUGUUUCAUAUAAGACUUUUUUCAGCUCUUCAUAAAGUUUCAUUCAACUAAAAAUACAUUAAAAACUGUAAAAUUUAGUAUCAAUAGUAUUUGUAAUUACUUUUUUACAAGAAGUAGUCUCGAUUAUUACAGUAGAAACUAUAAUAUUUGAAAUUUUUUAUACGAGGGCCCUGUUUUUGCAUUAAAAACUGUAAUUUUUCCACUGCUCUUUUUCCCGUGUAUUAAAAUUGUGCUAAACAAUCAACUGAUUUUGAUAUUCUGUCUGCUGUAGUAAUUAAAUUAUAAAUUUAAUAAUCUCUCUCUCACGCACACAAGCUUCGCUACAAAAAUCUACUUAGUCUUGAUCGAAAAUGGAGAUUUAAACUUUUUAUUAAAUAUAUAUAUAUAUGAUUGAAUAUUGACAUAGGAUAUUAAAUAAUAAUUAUAAACAUUUGUUAUUACAAUUAAUUAAAGGUACUCAAGUUAAAUUUGAUCAUUGACUUGCUACUUUCGUUUCUUUUUUACACUAAUAAAGCUUACAAUAAGCGUUAUUAUUAUUUUUAUUUUUAUUAACUCUCACAUUUUAAAACUAUUUUACUCACAUGUUCGUUUUUUUUUAUUUUACUGACAACAAUUUUUAAAUAUCUGAACUUUAGUGGUUUUUUUUUUUAAUUUAUUUUUAUUUAUCAAUAAUCAAUACUAUCCAUUUAUUUAUUUAUUUAAAAAAGAAAAGUUCCGAGUAAUAAAAGAUUACGAAGGCAGCACGUUGGUUUAGUCUUAACGAGAUGUUAUAAUUAUUGUUUUUAAAUAACUUUUAUAAUUUUAUUUAUCAAUAAAAACCUUUUAAUAUUCUAUGAAUGCAGCUGGAUUUAUAAAAUAAUUAUUUUAAUUAUUCAUUGGAAGAUUAUUCGGAGUAUUAUCCGUUUACGAUAAAACAUUACUUUUUAUUUUUAAUUUUAAAUCCGUAAGAGAAAAAUCUCGAUAUGAUUUUGCAACAACAAAUACACAACAUUGUUUUUUUUUUUCUUUUUAAGUAUAUUAGGCCAGAUAUAUCGAUACAAUUUAAUAAUUAUCGCUCUUAAAUAAUAAAAUUAUUAUUAUUUUAUUAACGGUUCGCUUUGAGCGAAUAAUUAUCGCACGAGUAACUCGAUAAACGCGAGAAUGAUCACCGUCAUCUUA